UCCUGCCCAGGGGAGGUGGCACAGGAGAGAGCUUUCAAGUGUAUUCAACAAUCUUCCCCACAGCCUCUCCCCGCCCCCCACUCCAAGACCAAACUCCAAGAUUUCCUGAAGAAAAACAAGCUCAUUAACCCAGACUCAGCCUGACAUAGCAAAAGAUACAAGCAGCAUUCACAUGGUGAGAACUCUGGCUUUGUAGGUUCGUCGUGGGGCCUGUCAGAAUCCUGUAUGAUUGUCUCUAGACCAUGAAGAGGAUGGAGAGGCACAUGGUCACGGGUCCUGUGUAUAAGCACUUCGAUUUGGAGAGGAAGAAUGCCAGGCGGGCUGAAGCCAGACUCCGCCAAAGACUGCACACACUGGAGUACAUCUGCCUGUACCAGAUGAAGCUGCUGACCUGGGAGCAGAGACAGCUCCAGAAAGAACUGCAGCGGUUGCAACAAGCAGAUAUUAUCAAGAAAAAGCUCUCCUCUUAUUUGGGGAAUGGAAUUCAGAAGAAACCAAAAGAUGUUCUUCCACCCUCAUCAACAAGAGGACAGAAGCACCGAGUUCCACAGGUUAAUAAAGUUAGAGCAUUGGUCACCAACACGACCCAAGAAAUACAUAAAACCAAAUCCCAGAUGCCUCCUUUCCAUCACACUGCCCUAAAGGACUCCAUGAAAAGCAAAGAAGAGUCACUAUCUCAAAAUUACAGAGCUUCCCACUUUACAGCAGAGAAGCCACGAGCCCGUGAGAAAGAUUGUCAAAGCCCCCCAAAGGGCAAAGACUCCAACAAGGGCAUCUCUGUUCUGUGUCAAGAUCAAGAUGUCUCCAUCAACACCCUAGACCAAGGCCCUGGUUCCAGCCCAGCUGGUGAGAGUGGAAAAGCACACAUUGACGAGGCCGGAUCAAAGGAUGCCAGCCUACGGCCAGACCCCAACGCUGGCAGACAAAGUCCUCUGAAUCCCAGGGAAUGCGCAGGGUAUUUGAAAGACAAGUCCGUAACACCUACCUUCUUAGAGCUGUUUGUGAAGGUCAGAAAUGCCCACUACCUCCGACACAGGGUUCCCCCCGAGUCUGAGAAACUGCUUAGUAUUGGGGAGAUAUUCGGCCACAAGGAAUCCUUCCAGCCCAGAGGAGGACAGGAGUGUGAGAACAGGGCAGGCUCCUUUCGUCUCUAACCAUCUAGCAUAACCUCACAAGAACAUCUAUCAUAACCACUACAGAGAUGUGUGCCUCACGUAACUGCAGUAAUUAAGAUAUAUAAUACACAUGUCAAUAUAUAUUAUAUAUAUAUAAUAUUAUAUAUAUAUUGUCUGUUUGUUUUAAACCCUCAGGUUUUUCUUUUUUUUUUUUCCUUUUAUGGGGAUAUAAUCUUUCACUGAAUGAGCAAUACAAGUAUACGAAAAAUGAGGGGAGAGAUGAAUCUUCUGAAAACUCUUUAAGGGGUGCGCACAUGUUGCUGAUGUCAGCGAAGCUAGGAAACGACACUGACGACUAGACUUUUCCUGAAAGGAAAAUACCACGGGUCCUGCUUACGUUCCGCCCCCUUUUACUAUAGGAGGUUCUAAUGGCGCCACCUGCUGGCAAAAGGACGUAGCUCUUCUGUCUCAGUUCGCCUGCAACACAGUGGGAACAGGAACGUGGUUGGAAACAAGUAUCCUCAUAGAUUCCAUAAAACCUGCUCGCCCACCAAAGUCGUUCUUCCAUUUCCUUCAUCCCUCCCCCACUCCUCCUUCCCUCCUUUCCUUCCUUCCCAGGGGGCUCCACUUUAGUUUCCUCAUUCCUGCUUUCCACCUGCUCAUAUCACACUUUUUGGAUCCUAAUAAAAGAAAAAUAAACAAUUUCUUCUUUUUA